AUGCAUCACUUCUCAGUUCUCCUCUGCUGCUGCCUGGCAGCUUUGGCCAACGCCGACAAACUUGGCUAUAACUAUCAGCCUGUGGCUCACUCCGGCUCUGGACUCUCAUUCGCUCCGGGUGGUUCGGCCAGCAAUUUGUCACCCUCGUUUACCGCUGGACCCUCAUCUGGACUCUCAUUUGCUCCUAGUGGUGAUGCCGGCAGCUUGUCACCCUCACAAUCUGUGGAUGCUCCCAACUAUGCCGCAGCACAACCUGAGCUGCAAAAGGAAUUCUUCACCUACACUGCCGAUGAGGAGGAUUUCCAAGACCCAGCUGCUUCCGACAAGGUGUCCACAUCUCUGAACAAAGCUCUCCGCGUUGUCUUUGUCAAGGGACCCGAACACAAUGGCCUGGAGCAAGCUGCUCUGGCUCUGGCUAAGCAGGCUGCCCAGCAGGAGACCGCCAUCUAUGUCCUGAACAAGCAGGCCGAUAUCGGAGAUCUGGCCAACAAACUGAACGCCAUCCGCAGCAACACCAACAACAAGCCAGAGGUGCACUUCGUCAAGUACCGCACUCCCGAGGACGCUGCCAAUGCUCAGCACGCCAUCCAAGGACAAUACGAUCAGCUGGGAGGUUCAUCCCAGGCUCAUGACGGAGGUGUUGCCCCCGCUCUGAACUUUGCGUCCAGUGCCCCAGCGCCAGUUGCUGCUCCCGCUCCCGCUCCUGUUUCCAAUUUCUUCCCAGCUGCAUCCGAUUCCGUAGCUGUGGCAGCCGAGCCUGAGGCCACGGAAGCCAUCUCCUCAUACAUUCCCCCGGUCACCCCCGGCAGCACCUAUCUCCCCGCAAACAUCUUGCGCCGCUUACGUAUAAGAUCGUAA